AUGGCGCUUCUUGCCGAAGCUGGCGCAUUUGCUUUGGGUGCUGCGCCGCCAGUGUUGCCCAGUGCCAGGCUCACCUCUGCACCUCCUCGGUCAGUCCAUGAGACCACCGAGCGAGGUUCGUCCGGGGCUUUGGCAGCGGCAGCAGCUCUCGUUGCUACCGGAGUAGCGGUGAAGAGGCGGCCCGCAGAAGCGCGCGCAGCUGCCGUGGCGAUGAAGGUGGAGGCAACAGCGCUGACACGAAAAGUCGGGUCCGCCGUCUUGUCCCUGGGCCUGCUCAAGGUUGUGGCUUCGCGGAUUCAUGAAUGGUUUGAGACGCCAAAGCGGCCCUAUGGCGAUGGAUCCGUGGGCAGCGCCUACGAUGACUGGACCAGAGAAGGUGUCUUGGAGCACUACUGGGGGGAGCACAUCCACAUGGGCUCCUACACUCCGAUGGAGAAGCAGAGUGGCUACCGCAAGAAGGAUCCCUUCUUCCUCGCACUCUUCCGGGCGACCUUCGGCCGGCUCAAGAACUUCAAGGAGGCAAAGAUAGACUUCACGAACGAAAUGAUCGACUGGAGCCGUGCGACAGCACCGAAGAAGAUCUUGGACGUAGGCUGCGGCAUCGGUGGCUCCUCCAGGAUCCUCGGCAAGCGGUUCCCAGACGCCGAGGUCCUCGGUAUCACGCUGUCGCCACAGCAGGCCGAGCGGGCUGGAAAACUUGCAAAGGAGCAAGGGCUCACCAACGUCCGAUUCCAGGUGAUGGACGCACUGAACAUGGAGUUCGAAGACAACACCUUCGACAUGGUUUGGGCCUGCGAGUCGGGUGAGCACAUGCCAGACAAGAAGAGGUACGUCGAGGAGAUGUCUCGCGUUCUUGCGCCAAAGGGCAACAUGGUGGUGGCCACGUGGUGUGAGAGGGAUCCGGUUCCCAUGUUCACGGCCGAAGAGAGGAAGACCCUGAACUUCCUCUACGCGGAGUGGACCCACCCGUAUUUCAUCUCCCUCAACAAGUACAAGGAGUAUAUGGAAGGAACAGAGCUGCUGGAGCAGGUCGACACAGCAGAUUGGACAGAGCAGACGCUGCCAGCGUGGCGCCACUCCGUGUGGGUCGGGGUCUGGUCGCCAUGGUACUGGCUGAAGGUCACUUUCAGGAAGGGCCCCGGUGCCUUUGUGGGAUUCCUGCGCGAGGUCUACACCUUGGAGAAAUUCCACAAGUCGAUGGUGAGUGGCCUCAUGGUCUACGGCAUGAUGCGCGCCGUGAAGAAGUAG